GUGUGGUCUUUGGUCUUAUCAAAGCUACUAGCAAUAUCUCAGAAUACUGUGUCUGAUUUUCAAUAUCCUUCAUCAAUGGCUUCAAAAACCCUUGCAUAUGUAUUCUCCGCCCUCCUUUUGCUUCUCCAACUCUCCUCCUCUGCCGGACAGACAGUCGUGAAAGGUGGAUACUGGUUUCCCGGCAGUGGAUUCCCGGUGUCCAGCAUAGAUUCCACCCUUUUCACCCAUCUCUUUUGUGCCUUUGCCGAUCUCGAUGCCAGCACAUACCAAGUCACCAUUUCUUCUUCAAACGCGGCCCAAUUCUCAACUUUCACCCAAACAGUGCAGCAAAAGAAUCCUGCUGUUAAAACCCUUUUGUCCAUCGGCGGAGGAGGGUCCAGUGCUUCAACCUUUGCUUCAAUGGCUAGUCAAGCCAGUACUCGUAAAUCGUUCAUAGAUUCCUCCAUACAGCUAGCCAGGAAUAACAACUUCAGUGGCCUUGACCUCGAUUGGGAAUACCCGUCCACGACCACAGAUAUGACCAACCUUGGUUUACUCCUCAACGAAUGGCGAGCAGCCGUGGCCAACGAAUCCAACACCACCGGCAAGGAAACGUUGCUUCUAGCCGCAGCAUUCUUCUACUCCUCUGACUAUUACUCCUUAAUUUAUCCCAUUCAGGCAAUAUCAAACAGUUUGGACUGGGUCAAUGUAAUGGCCUAUGACUUCUAUGGCCCCGGUUGGUCACCCUCUACAACCGGACCGCCGGCUGCAUUGUACAAUCCAACAAGCCAAGUUAGCGGGGACAGCGGCAUUGAAGCUUGGAUUCAGGCAGGUGUACCGGCCAACAAACUAGCUCUCGGUUUGCCAUUUUAUGGCUACGCAUGGCGUCUGUUAAAUGCUAGUAACAAUGGAAUAUUUGCACCGGCAAAUGGAUCGGCUCUAUCCUCAGACGGGUCCCAGACUUACAGCCAAAUCCAGGAUCUGAUAACUCAGAGUGGAUAUACAACAGUGUACAACUCCACCUUUGUUACAGAUUACUGCUAUAAGGAGACAAUAUGGAUCGGUUAUGAUGAUACCCAGAGUGUUUCUACCAAGGUUACAUAUGCUAAGGGAAAGGGAUUGCUCGGUUACUUUGCAUGGCAUGUUGGCGCCGACAAGGACUCCGCUCUGUCUACAACAGCUUCAACUACAUGGGGAUGAGCAUAAAGAUUAGAUUAGCAAUAAAGACUAUAUAUUGGUUGUGGAAGCUUAUGCUAUCCACAUCAUGAAUACGUAAGGCUAAUAAAUAAUCAUAUACACAUGUUGUAUUUAAUAAGGCUGGCCUGAUGGGUACUGUGGUUUGUAUAAAUGGAUAAGAUUAAUAAUUUAUAUUGAGACUUGAGAGUUAUACUAAUGUAUCUAUUAAAGUUUCAUUUUGCCUAUAAAAUUCGUGGGCCGC